AUGCCAGAAAAGACAUUCAAGUUUCCAGCAAGUGAAGAUAAAAGAAAGCUAAAAUUUCAAAUGCAAUGGUUUGAACGGUUCUCGUGGUUGGUUUACAUGAGUACAGGGCAACAAGGUGCUUUAUGCAUUUAUUGUGUAUUAUUUGCCAGAGAUUGCACAGGAAAAGGCUCUCAUCAGCAGUUGAAAUUCUUAGUUACUCAGCUGCUUACUAAAUGGAAAGAUGCUGUACAUGAUUUCAAACAUCACAGUGAAAUCCAGUACCACAAAUCUUCUGUAUUAUUGGCUGAUAAUUUUAUGAAGAUGUAUAAUAAAUCUCAACCAAAUAUAAUAAGUCAGAUUGAUAACGGAUACCUAGCGCAAAUAGCUGAAAAUCGGAAACGGCUCAUUUCGAUUAUUGAAACAAUUAAAUUAUGUGGACGUCAAGAAUUGGCACUGAAAGGUAUGUGA